AGGUCCAACAUCAGGCUCUUCUGACACUUGAUGUGUCUUCCUCUCUUCACACCAUGUUGCUCCUGGGAACAACCACUAUCUUCUUGCUGAUCUGCAUCUCAUGCCUUCUUCUCUUGGCUGCACGGAAAAGCAUAUCACAAAAAGAGAAGCAGCCUCCUGGUCCCUUCUCACUCCCACUUAUUGGAAACGUACUCCAUCUGGACCUGUGGAACUUGCCUGAAAGCUUGAAGAAGCUCAGCAAGAAGUAUGGUCCUGUUUUCACAGUACAUUUAGGCCCACAGAAGGUUGUGGUGCUAUAUGGCUAUGACGUUGUGAAAGAAGCUCUGAUUGAUCAGGCAGAUGAAUUCAGUGGAAGAGGCAUCCUACCGCUGUUUAGAAAACUCUUCCAAGGCACAGGCAUUGUGACUAGUAAUGGGGAGACCUGGAAGCAGCUCCGGCGAUUUGCACUCACCACCCUGCGGGAUUUUGGGAUGGGGAAGAAAAGCAUCGAGGAGCGAAUACAGGAGGAAGCUCGUUUUCUAGUGGAGAGGAUCAGGAACACACGUGAGCAACCUUUCAACCCUGGCGUCUUCCUCAUCCAUGCUGUUUCCAACAUCAUCUGCUCCGUUGUAUUUGGAGAUAGGUUCGACUAUGAGGACAAGAAAUUUCUAACUUUAAUUGAGUUGCUAGAGGAAAACAACAAGCUCCAGAACUCGAUACAACCACAGCUAUAUAAUGUCUUCCCAACUCUCAUGGAUUAUUUACCUGGGCCUCAUCAAAAACUCAUACAAAAUAUUGAAAAAGUUGAUCAAUUUGUUUUGGAAAUCAUAGCAGAACACCAGAAAACUCUGGAUCCCACUUGUCCUCGAGAUUUUAUUGAUGCUUUUCUGAACAAAAUGGAACAGGAGAAAGAGAAUAGUCACUCAGAAUUCACCGUUGAGACCUUGAGCAGAACCACACUCGACUUGUUCCUUGCGGGUACAGGGACCACCAGCAUCACACUGAGACAUGGACUUCUGAUUCUCAUGAAAUAUCCACAGAUAGUAGAGAAAAUUCAAAAGGAGAUAGACUGUGUGAUUGGCCGAAACCGAAGCCCCUGCAUGGCAGAUCGGAGUCAGAUGCCCUACACAGAUGCUGUGAUCCAUGAAAUCCAGAGAUUCAUUGAUUUCUUACCACUUAAUGUCCCACAUAGUGUGAUCAAGGACACCAAGUUCAGAGACUAUUAUAUCCCCAAGGACACAAUAAUAUUUCCUAUGCUGAGUUCUGUCCUACAUGAUAGCAAGGAAUUUCCAAAUCCAGAAAAAUUUGACCCAGGACAUUUCCUAAAUGCAAAUGGUACCUUUAAAAAGAGUGACCACUUCAUGCCAUUUUCUGCAGGAAAACGCAUAUGUGCAGGAGAAGGUCUGGCCCGAAUGGAGAUAUUCAUAUUUUUAACAUCCAUCCUGCAGAACUUCACUUUGAAAUCUGUCAUCGACCACAAAGACAUUGAUAUUUCCCCAUUAGUCAGCUCUCUGGCAAAUAUGCCCCGACCUUAUGAGGUUUCUUUUGUUCCACGUUAGCCGAGAAAAGACAGUUGCCAGCUCCCACAAUCAUGAAAGCUCUGGUUGAAGGACAGUCAUUGCCCAACCUGUUAAGGCUGAAAUACUCAGAUCAUUUGCUAGAUACUUUAUGGAGAGAAAUUUGCUUAGAAAAGAAAAGUGUAUGGUGCUUUUAUAAUCAACACAGCCAGCUCUGAACAGAGACUGAGUAGGCAAUUGCACUGGGAAGGAGACAGCUCCCUGUGCAAAUUUAUACAGGCUCUCCUCUGCACCUGCCUCACCUAGCUGUCCCUAUCACUUCAUCCUCUCAGCACAGCAGGAACAGAUGCCUGUACUCCAGGGUUUCCACAGACUCUGCCUGAGGUACCACUCUGCUCUGCAUUUUCAGUUUGAUUGUGACCUAUUUUUAAAGGUGAGCAUAAAACAGGGUGCAGUGUUUUUUUCUGUCAGAAGAUGAUCAUCUCCUGAAUUCUUCCCAAAUGUAUACUAUCUCCUGUGGUGAGGACGCUGUUUAUUGAUGACUGGACAGAAGAGUCCUCUUUUGUGUGGUCAUGAUGAAUGUCUGUGAAAACACAACUUAAAUUGCAAUAUAAAGUACAUUGAAUUGUU